UUUAAUUAGCCCUUAAAAGAUUUGUGGAAAAUUCUCACGCCAAAUCUUAGCGAUUAAAGCAGACACGCCUCGGUAGUGAACUGAAGUCAAAAUCCCUAACUUUUGUCCUUGCUGUCGGAAAAGAAUCCAGAGGUUGUUGAUCAAUAUCGCCAAUGUCGUCCCCAGAGAAGAAGAGGAAGAGGAGGAAGACGACGAAGAAGCCAUCGCCGACGCCGCAAUCGACGACCCCAAAUCCUUCACUUCCAGAUGAUUUGGUAUUGAGCUGCUUAGCACGUGUCUCGAGAUUGGACUACACAACUCUCUCCCUCGUCUCCAAGAGUUUCCGCUCGCUCGUUGCUUCACCGGAGCUUUACAAGAUCCGGUCCUCUUUAGGCCGCACCGAGGGUUGUCUCUAUGUGUGUUUGCAGGAGAAAGAUUCUGACCCGAACCCUCGUUGGUUCACUCUCUGCCGGAAACCUAAUCGAACUCUAACCAAUGACAUCACUGAUAAGAAGAGGAAGAAGAAGUCAAGUGGGUAUGCUUUGGCUGCAAUCCCAGUUCUCUAUUCUCGUCCUGCGCACUGGUCUGGUCUCGUUGCCGUUGGUUCUAAUAUCUACAACAUUGGCGGACCCACCGACAAAGAACACUCGUCUAUCGUCUCGAUCCUGGACUGCCAGUCUCACACGUGGGGCGAGGCUCCAAGCAUGAGAGUAGAGCGGAGGUAUCCGGCGGCCAAUGUUCUUGAUGGAAAGAUAUAUGUAACAGGAGGCUGCAAAGACUGCAGCAAUCCCUCCAACUGGAUGGAGGUUUUCGAUCCUAAAACCCAAACUUGGGAGCCUGUCUCCAGCCCUGGCGCGGAGAUUGGUGGUUGUAGCAUGCAUAAAAGCGCAGUGGUUGAAGGAGAAAUCUUGUUUGCAAACUCUCAUGGUUUGAUUUACCAACCCAAGGAAGGUAGAUGGAAAAGGAUGGAAUGGGACAUGGAUAUAGGUUGGGUGUGGUAUUCUUAUUGCGUUGUUGAGGAUGUGCUUUACUAUUAUUACAAGGGAGACUUCAAAUGGUAUGACACUAAGGCAAGACUCUGGAGGAAUUUGAAGGGUGUGAAAGGACUGCCCAGGUUUGCCAGAUGUGGUGGAAAGAUGGUGGAUUAUGGUGGAAAGAUGGCGGUUUUCUGGGACAAGAUUGUGACUUCCGAUGGAUGCAAGAACAAGAUGAUUUUGUGCGCGGUGAUUGCCCUUGAAAGGCGCAACAGCGAAGAGAUUUGGGGGAAGGUCGAGUGGCAUGACGCAGUUCUUACCGUUCCCAUUUCAUAUGACGUCGUGUAUGCUCUUUCCCCUACCGUUUGAUGAGACAGACUUGAAUGAAUGUGGUGAAUCUUUAUUGUUUGUGUAUUGUAUCAUUUUGUUGGAUGGUUGUGUCUUUGUGUUUUAGACAUCAUUUCACUUGUAAACCUUUGAUGCUUAGUUUAUUUUGUGCUGCUAAA